AUGCACGCGCCCGCGAACGGACCGGUCUUUGCCAUUUGUUAUCCCAUUCUCGCCGCUAUUGGUGCCCCUGCAAAUGUGGUGGCGAUUAUAAUCCUAUCACGAGGUCGAUGUGGACUGUCCUGUUGCAUCACCUACUACCUAGUGGCCAUAGCAGUGACUGAUUUCCUUGUAAUCAUCAAUGGGUGCAUCCUGAAUCGAAUCGGCCGUAUUUACUUUCGAGACAGUUUACUUUCCACCACACUUGCAUGCAAACUGAGCACCAUGUUGAUUUUUACAAUACGGGAUGGGUCAGUCUGGUUAACGGUUGCUUUCACCUUUGACCGUUUUGUGGCUAUUUGCUUCCAGAGCUUGAAGAUCAGGUACUGCACUCACAAAACUGCAUCGAUGGUGAUAGGAAUCGUAUGUAUCCUGAGCUGCAUCAAAAACACCCCCUUUUACUUCAUCUUUAGGCCAUUAUACACACUGAAAGGUGUACCCUGGUUCUGCAUUAUCAAGUCAAGCUAUUAUAUUUCACCCAUCUGGCAGACUUACGACUGGCUGGAUCACAUCCUCGUUCCAUUUCUCCCAUUUCUCCUUAUUCUGCUGCUCAAUGCAAUCACUGUAACUAACAUAUUAGCAGCCAGCAGAGCCCGGAAAAGGAUCAGGAGCGCCGAGAAUCGAAGUGAUCAGGAGAUUUCCAAUCGCAAGAAAUCUAUUGUGCUCCUUUUUGCGAUCUCUCUUAGUUUCCUUUUCUUGUGGGCCACCUAUGUUGGACGGUUUUUGUACGUACAGAUUUCAGGAGAAGGUUACUUCGGUGGACUGGACUUCAAUGACCCUCAGUACAUCCUUCAAGAGACGACUAUCAUGCUCCAAAUGAUCAAUUCCUGCAACAAUGUCUUCAUAUAUACAAUAGCCCAGAAUAAAUUCCGUGAGGAGCUAAAGAAUACGUUGAUGUCUCCCUUCACUAUCUUCACUAGUUGCAUAAAGCAAUGA